CUUCAUGUCAUGCACUUAAAUUGUUGGUUUUUUUUUCCUAGUUGAGAAUUUCUCGCGCUCCUCAAAUUUCAGGGACAUAGCUGAAAAUGUUGAUCACAGCCAAUACCACACCAAUCUUCUGGGUUUCUCUCCCUAACCAUAAUAAUCCUAAAGAAAACCGUGUCAUGUCCCAAAAUGGUUUCAUUUUCUGUAAACCAUUUUCAACAACCACUCUAUCGUCUACAAGUUGGUAUGGUUCUUGUACUACAACCCGUGCCUCGGCCUCACUCACCAAAACCACCAUUCAUGAAGUUACAGAUGUAGAUGCCAAAAUUUGUAAAUUCUAUGAAGCGGGUAACUUGAAAAACGCCAUGAAAUUGCUUAGUGUGUCUCAAAAAUCCGAGCUUGAGACCAAUACAUAUUGUUCAGUUUUGCAGCUGUGUGCUGAACUUAAAUCGCUAGAAGACGGUAGAAAGGUUCACUCGAUGAUAUGUUCUAAUGGGUUAGUGGUUGAUGGAGUUUUGGGUUCAAAACUUGUAUUUAUGUAUGUGAAGUGUGGGGAUUUGAGAGAAGGGAGGCGGGUUUUCGAUAAGGUUGCUAAUGAAAAGGUCUUUCUUUGGAAUCUUAUGAUAAAUGAGUACUCAAAGAUUGGUGAUUUUGGGGAAAGUAUAUGUUUGUUCAUGAAGAUGCAGGAGUUGGGUAUUGAAGUGAAUUCUCAUACAUUUUCUAGUGUUUUAAAGUGCUUUGCGGCCUUAGGAAAUAUAGAAGGUGGCCAACAGGUUCAUGGGUAUUUGUUGAGAUUGGGUUUUGGUUGUUAUAACACAGUUGUGAAUUCUCUGAUUGCUUUCUACUUCAAGUGUGGAAGAGUUGAGAGCGCACAAAAGUUGUUCGAUGAAUUGGCUGAUCGAGAUGUUAUAUCUUGGAAUUCUAUGAUAAGUGGGUAUGCAUUGAAUGGUCUUGCAAAGAGGGGAAUUGAGUUUUUCAAAGAGAUGCUAUGUUUGGGUGUUGACGUAGAUUUGGCGACAAUAGUGAAUGUUCAUGUGGCUUGUGCAAGUAUUGGAACUCUUUUGGUCGGUAGAGCAGUUCAUGCUUUUGCAAUAAAAUCUUUUUUUGAUGGAGAACUCAUGUUCAACAAUACUUUGCUGGACAUGUAUUCAAAAUGUGGUGAUUUGGAUGCUGCAACUCAAGUUUUUGAGAAGAUGGGCAAAAGAAGUGUAGUGUCGUGGACUUCAAUGAUGGCAGGUUUUGUCCGAGAAGGUUUAUCUGAUGGGGCAAUAAGAUUAUUCAGUGAAAUGGAAAGGAAAGGUGUUAGCCCUGAUCUUUUUACGAUCACAAGCGUCCUUCAUGCUUGUGCUUGUAAUGGCUCUUUGGAGAGUGGCAGGGAUGUACACACUUAUAUACAGGAAAAGAAAAUGGACUCUAGUUUGUUUGUCUCUAAUGCUCUCAUGGAUAUGUAUGCAAAAUGUGGAAGCAUGGAAGAUGCUUACUCUAUUUUUUCUCAGAUGCAAGUAAAGGAUAUUAUCUCAUGGAAUACCAUGAUUGGGGGCUACUCAAAGAACUGUCUUCCCAAUGAAGCUCUUAAUUUGUUUGUUGAGAUGCAACGAGUAAUAAAACCCAACAGCAUAACAAUGGCCUGUAUCCUUCCAGCCUGUGCCAGCUUAGCAGCUCUAGAAAGAGGACGAGAGAUUCAUGGAUACGUAUUGAGAAAUGGAUUUUUUUCAGAUCAUUAUGUUAGCAAUGCACUUGUUGACAUGUAUGUGAAGUGUGGGGUGCUAGUUCUUGCACGUUUACUCUUUGACAUGACUCCUUCAAAGGAUCUUAUCUCAUGGACAGUAAUGAUUGCUGGAUAUGGCAUGCACGGGUUUGGAAGUGAAGCUAUUGCUACCUUUAAUGCAAUGAGAAAUGAAGGUGUUGAGCCUGAUGAAGUUACCUUCAUUUCUAUACUUUAUGCAUGCAGUCAUUCUGGAUUACUUUCUGAAGGAUGGAGGUUUUUUCAUAUAAUGAGAAAUGAAUGCAAUUUUGAGCCCAAGUUGGAGCAUUAUGCUUGUAUGGUGGAUCUUCUUGCUCGCGUUGGGAAGCUAUCGAAGGCAUAUAAAUUCAUUGAAACGAUGCCAAUUAAACCAGAUGCCACAAUUUGGGGUGCCUUGCUCUGUGGGUGCAGGAUCCACCAUGAUGUAAAACUAGCAGAGAAAGUCUCAGAACGUGUUUUUGAACUGGAGCCAGAGAACACAGGAUAUUAUGUACUUUUAGCGAAUAUCUAUGCUGAGGCAGAGAAGUGGGAAAAAGUUAAAAUUUUGCGGGAGAAGAUUGGUCGGCGAGGAUUGAAAAAGAACCCAGGGUGUAGCUGGAUAGAGAUCAGAGGCAAAGUUUAUGUAUUUGUGGCUGGUGAUAGUUCACACCCACAAACCAAGAAGAUAGAGUCACUAUUGAAGAGAUUAAGAAUGGAGAUGAGGGAAGAAGGUUACUUUCCUAAGACAAGAUAUGCUUUGAUUAAUGCAGAUGAUAUGGAGAAGGAAGUGGCUCUCUGUGGGCACAGUGAAAAGUUAGCCAUGGCUUUUGGAAUAUUGAGCCUGCCUUAUGGCAAAACCAUACGUGUGACCAAGAAUCUGAGAGUAUGUGGUGAUUGUCAUGAGAUGGCCAAGUUCAUGUCAAAGUCAGCUAGCAGGGAGAUUGUCUUGAGAGAUUCCAAUCGCUUUCACCUUUUCAAGGAUGGCAACUGUUCUUGCAGAGGUUUCUGGUGAAUCAAGGGUGAGUAGGGGUUUGAAUGUAAAGGAGUUAUUAUCUUAAAAGAGUUGCAAAUCAAGUUGAUUCUUAAGAAAUGAUUCAUAAGUUGUUGUAAAAUGGUUUGUUGACUGAGACAAACAUGCUUGGAUGAGGACUUAUGGUUAAGAUCUCUUAUACAUAUUGGGUCACUUAAACAAAGACAUAAUUCACAGUUCAAACAUUGUGAUUGCACUUCUACAUAGAGGCUCCCUAUAUGUCUCUUUACAGCCUGGAGGAGUUUAUGAAUCACGAUGUCUCGCGUGAAUGGAAUUUUCUUGAAGAAUCCUUCUUUUGAUGGCUUUGUAUAUGGUCAACAUGCAGGUUUUGUCUUGCAUUGGGUACCAUUACCAAAGCGAGGAUGAUCGAUCUCUCUGGAAGAAAGCGUUGAUUGUGUCCUUAGGAAUUCUUUUUCCCUGCUGGGGAGUUGAAAAAAAUUGAAUUCCCCAUCUUUAUAAUUGGAAGGAUGGGAAUUAUUAAAUGUGGAGCUGCAUAAAAGAUUUCCAAAGUAGGUACUACCAACUUUGGAGGAGUCCUGAAAAAUCUUCUAGGAUGUAGAAAAUGACGUUUUAACACUGAUAAAAGCACGAAACUUUCUGCAUAUGAUUUAUUAUCAUAGGAAGGCCCAUGUAAACAGUUCACUUGGAAUCAUUCUUGUAUUGUCUCUAAAGGCAUCUUUUAGUAAUUUGCCUUCCACUUGCUUCUUUUCUCACUUUUCUUACUGCUCUUGUCCAUCACAAGCCUUGGGAAACUGCUAAGCAUUGCAGGCCCACCAACGCAGACAGCAGACAGGUCAAUGUGAUGGGCCAGUCCUUGAAUAUGUACGAUAAGAUCUAAUAUUCCAGGGUUCAGACAAUUUUAUAUUGUAUGGUUAUAUUUUCGUUGUUUUAAUAUAGUAUAAGGUUUGGACCACUUUGACAUGUUUUAUGUGCUGCACAGCUCUCUGGUGUGGUUGUAAGACAGUGGUCUUGUAUUGUAUUCUUCACAAUGCAAAAGACAACUUUCUUUUGCACUUAGAAACAAGCAUAAGUUAAAUAUGUUUAGACUUGCAAGUG